UGGUCGUUUGAAUAGUACGUCUUCUAAGUCUGCUAUACGUUCACCUAAACAGACAGUCGUCGAUGCAUUUAAAAUUGCUUCAGAUAAUUUCAUGCCGACAGUAUGGAGAUCUGUUGCCGUUGCGUCAUCUGUGUUCAAUUCAUUGACCGCACGUUUCUCAAAGUCAAAAAAUGAAGACGAAGACACUACGUCGCAGAAACCGAUCACCAAAUCUAAUUUUGAAGGAAAAGCCGAAAAGUAUAUUCAGAAUAAUGAACAAAAACAGGUAGUUAGCAAGAUUGAUGCUACUAGUUCAGAGCGAUCUAUUUUUGAUUGGCUUCCAGAUGCGGACUUAAGUUCUAAACGAAAGCAGUUUCUUGAAAAGGGUGAAAAAAGUUCGGAUAAAGCUAAAAAGCUUGUUAUAUCUAAAUCUAGUCUUCAACAUCGUAGUAGGUUUUUAGUUCAAUCUCUGACUGAUGCUUUAUCACCUGGUUCACAACUAAUAAGAUUGGAAGAAGUUUAUAAGCAUCUUUUGCUUUUUCCUCAGCAAAAGACGGAAAUGUGUAAGGCAGGUUUGUUAAGAACAGCUUUACGCCUUAAGCUUUAUUCAUACGAUGAAAAUGUACAAGCUCAGGCUCGAAUUGUUCUUGCAUUAAUUGGUCAUCAUGAUCCACCAAAGGGAAAUGGAAUUAGAAUACUUAGUAUUGAUGGAGGAGGAACAAGAGGAAUGAUUUCAAUUGAAGUGCUUCGUCAGUUGGAAUCAAAAACUAACAAAAGGGUGUAUGAAUUAUUUGAUUAUAUGUGUGGAGUUAGUUCUGGUGCCAUUUUAAGCCUGUUGCUCGGAGCUCUGCGCUACUCUCUUGACGAAUGUGAAACUCUCUACAGGAAGCUAAGCAAUGAGAUUUUCAAACAAAGUUCUAUUUAUCAAAGUAUCUGGGGAACUGGUCGCUUGAUGUGGAGCCAUGCUUAUUAUGACACUACCCAGUGGGUUGAUGUUUUGAAGAAAACUUUUGGAGAAAGACUUCUCGUAGAAACUAAUGCAGAUGCAGGAAAUCCAAAAAUUGGUAUUGUUUCUGCUGUGAUGAAUCUGCCGCAUUUGCAAGCUUUUGUAUUUCGUAACUAUGACUUCCCACCCAGAAUUCUUUCUCAUUAUUUGGGCAGCUGUAAAUACCCAAUGUGGGAGUCAAUACGAGCCUCAGGUGCUGCACCAGGAUAUUUUGAAGAAUACUGCUUAGAUGAAUACCUACAUCAAGAUGGAGGUAUAAUGAUAAACAAUACAGCUGCUCUUGGCAUCCAUGAAGCAAAAUUGUUGUGGCCAUCAGAUUCCAUAGAUUGUGUUGUUUCUUUGGGUAGUGGCCGAUAUAUUCCAACCGGUGAACCUGCUGGGACGUCUACGAGUUUAAAAACCAAAGUUAUGAAAAUAAUUGACAGUGCAACUGAUACUGAGGCUGUACAUAUAGCUUUGAAUGACUUACUCUCACCAGACACAUACUUCCGUAUCAAUCCAUACCUGACAGAAUUUCUCUCACUAGAUGAAAAUAGAGCCGAAAAGUUAGAUCAAAUGAAAACAGAUGCACAGAUGUACCUAAGAAGAAAUGAGUAUAAAUUUUUAAAACUUGUGCAAGUUCUCAACCAAUCACGUGGUCCUGUUAAGAAAUCUAAGGACUGGUUAUCAAUCCAAAAACAACUCUAUUUAUGAAUUUUCUUUUUGUACUUUGUUAAAAUGCUCUUUUUAAUCAUUAUUUAUUAAUUAAAAGUCUAAUUUAGGUUUUAUGUUUGUAAAAUUUAAAUUUGU